GGACACCCCCAUAUGGAUCGAUCGUCCUUAUGCUCCGCCAUGGCGUCGCGUUUGCGCCGCGGGUGGGCAACUGGCUGGCGGAGACCAAGCCCGUGCCGCAGGACUACCUUGCUGGAAUCCCUUUUGCGGGAAGAUCUACAUUGACUGGGCUAUUUGUCAAAGUCGCGGAGCAUGGCCCUAAAGAUCCCGCAGUGUGGAAGCGUCUCAUCGCGCGGGUCGAUGUCAUUGCGCACUCGCUGACCGCCAAGCAGGCCUCUUUGAUCCUGUCCUCCAUGGCGCGGACACGGCAGGUGCAGGAGACCUUCCUACAUCGCUUCAAUCUGAAGUUCGCGCCCUCGCUGAUUGCGCAGGCGGAAAUGAUUGACCUCUGCGGUAUGAUCAGCAGCCUGAGUCAGUUGGAUAGCUAUCAGGAAGAGCUAUUCUUGGUGGCCUCCAAAAGGCUUCAGGAGGUUGCUUCCCAGCUGGAUGCACGACAGCUGGCGCUGAUGUUCAACGCUUUCGUGAAGGCGAAGCAUUUGGACAUGGAGCUAUUCCAACGCUUGCUGAAACAGGUCCCCCGAAAGAUUGUAAAGUUCACCGCGAAGGACGCAGCCAUUCUGCUGAACGCCUUGGCGCAAGUGCCCGCGUUUCAGGACUGGGAAGCUGCAGAGGAAGCUGAAGAACUGAAGAAGGCUUUGGAGGUCAUUUCCCUCCGUCUUCCCGAGCUACUUCCCAGCGCCGACCUGCACUCGUUGGCCCUGAUUAUGAAUGCCUUUGCUCAGCUUCAGUACGUCCAGAAGGAUUUAUUGGAUUUGCUGAGCCAGGAGCUGCUGCUGAACCAGGAAAAGCUGACAAAGUUCAGUCCCAUUCAAUUGGCCAUGGUUUUGAAUGCCAUUGCCAGGUUGCAACUGCACGAACCGAAGCUGGUGGAGUUGUUAGCUUCGGCUGUGCGCAGCGGCGCGCACGCUUUGGACCCCCAGGCCUUCUGUUUGGUGGCCAAUGCUUCUGCCAAGCUUCAGUUAGGCCUUGAUACCUUCCAAGUCCUCUACGCGCGCUUGCCGAAAGUCCUGAGUCGCCUCAGCGGGCGGCAGCUGGCGAUGGUUUGUCACGCCUGGGCAAAGGCGCAUAUCCACAACGACGAUCUCUUCGAGCUCCUGGCCCUGCCUUUGGCCUCGCAUGCUGCGAAGCUGGAAGCCCAUGAGGUUGCCAUUAGCAUCUUUGCUUAUGCGCAUUUCCGGAAAUCUCCGAAAGAACUCUUUGAUGUGUUGUUGGAGCGAUUCCGAAGUUUGUUGGCUGAGCAGGUGGUGAAUGCUUUGGGCCGUACGGAGCGCCCAGAUCCUACGGAGAGCGAUUUCGGUACGAUGCGACCGGAGUGA